AUUAAUGGCACCGUGGCUUUCUCGAGGAGAUAGAGUGACAAGAGAGAGUGAGAGAGAACUGGCUAACCCCUGAAGAUGGACCGAAGAGAUGCUACGCUCCUUGGUUCCCUGCUGUUGUGUAUCAUCACUCAGGUGUGCUGCCAGCUAUGCGGGGGCCCGUGUCACAACUGCCCCUGGCCCGCACCACGCUGCCCUCUGGGGGUGUCCACGGUGUUGGAUGGGUGCCGCUGCUGCCAGGUGUGCGCCAGACAUGAGGGCGAAGACUGCACGGAGAGGUUUGUGUGUGACAGCCAGCAGGGCCUGCAGUGUGACUACAGCGCCAGCUACCCCGGUGGUCCUGGAGAGUGUGUCAGCCAGAACAUGCUGGGAUGUGAACUUAACGGCAUGCGCUUCGAGGAGGGCCAGACAUUCCAGCAGUCGUGUGCACAGCUGUGCCACUGCCUGGGUGGCGGGGUGACCUGUGUGCCACUGUGCAGCGAUGACCUACAGGUUCCUGCCGCAGCCAACUGCCCCAACCCUCAGCUAGUGCGCCAGCCUGGGAGGUGCUGCAGGGAGUGGGUCUGUGAAAGCCUGGACAACAACAUUUACCCAGACACUAUGGCUGCAGUGGAGAAACCACCAGAGAGGGAGAGGGUGCGUCACGGGUUUCGUGGUGAUGGUGGUGGGGCUCAGUCUCAGGGCCAGGGCCUGAACUCCAACUGCAUUGAGCAGAGCACAGACUGGAGCCCCUGCUCCAGCAGCUGUGGCCCAGGUGUCUCAACCCGCAGCUCAAACAAGAACUGGGCCUGCCGCUUGCAGACCCAAACCAGACUGUGUCAAGUCAGGCCAUGCCAGGCCACUGCCGUGCCUCGCAGCAGGUCGCAUGUGGGAACUGGUGCCUGCGAUAGUAGCUUCAGGUCUCCCGUGCCCAUUCAUCUGGAGCACCAGGGCUGUUUGAGCACGUGGGCCUACAGGUUCCGGUUCUGUGGCCUGCAGUGUCUGGAAGGCCGCUGCUGCAGCCCCUACCACACCAGGACUGUCAACAUGGCCUUCCGCUGCCCCCAGGGCAGGAUGAUCCACCAGCAGGUGAUGAUGAUUGAGUCCUGCUCCUGCCACCACUACAAUUGUCCCCAGUCCCCAUUCACAGCCUACAAGAGAGCCAUUCCCUGGCUUUAGAGUAUAGGACCGUGGAGAGUGAAAUAGCCCCAAAGCCAGAGAUGGGCAAGCCCUGUCAGUGAAGAUACUGGACAAUGACAUACGAAUAGGAAUCGAAGAGUAGGGUAGGAUUCAAUCAAACUUGCACUGUGGAAAAAAACACAUGGUUCCUGCGCUGUUGAAAAAGCACCAUUAGUUUAACCCAGUAAAUAUAGUCAACUGCUUUGCAUUGCUUAGAAUAUGUGUAAUAACAGUGUUAACCAUUUCCGCAGUGCAGGUUUGAUUGAAUGUCAUCCUCUAUUUGAUUUUGAAUAUUGAUUAGGGCCAUUUAAUUUAAAUGAAUACCUCCAUCAUCAAGAUUCUUAGAAAAGGUGUCUGUGUGUGUGUGUGUGUGUGAGAGAGAGAGAGAGAGAGAGAGAGAGAGAGAGAGAGAGAGAGAGAGAGAGAGAGAGAGAGAGAGAGAGAGAGAGAGAGAGAGAGAGAGAGAGAGAGAGAGAGAGAGAGAGAGAAAAAAUAAAA